AUGAAACAACGAUUGUUCUCUACUCUACGGAGCUUACAGCAUGAGAAUCCAUUGGGAUUACCACGAACGGGUAGUAUUCCGCGCAUGCAGCGUGGGUUGCCCGAACGAAGAAAGAUAAAAGAUGUAAAGAAAGUGAUUGCAGUUUCAUCUGCGAAAGGAGGGGUUGGAAAGUCAACGCUUUCUGUCAAUCUUGCGCUCGCCUUUGCUCGCCGUGGUCUAAGAAGUGGUAUUCUAGAUACAGAUAUUUUUGGUCCCUCAAUACCUACACUUUUGAAUCUAUCGGGGGAGCCUAGAUUAUCCUCAAACAAUCAACUUAUACCACUCUCGAAUUAUGGCGUCAAAUCCAUGUCAAUGGGUUACCUAGUGGGUGAUGCUGCACCAGUUGUGUGGCGUGGAUUGAUGGUCAUGAAAGCACUACAGCAACUUCUACACGAGGUAGACUGGGGUGGAUUGGAUGUUUUGGUUCUCGAUUUGCCACCAGGAACCGGAGAUACUCAAUUGACUAUAACACAGCAAAUCGUACUUGACGGAGCGGUAAUUGUGUCGACACCUCAAGACAUAGCCCUUAAAGAUGCAGUGAAAGGUAUCAACAUGUUCAAGAAGAUCGAUAUUCCAAUUCUGGGAAUGGUACAGAAUAUGUCGUUAUUCACAUGCCCACAUUGUCAGAAUAGUACACAUAUUUUUGGGUCGCAUUCUGGGGUUACUAAUGCUUGUGAAAAGUACGGAAUUGAUUUUCUGGGAGAUAUACCAUUACAUGCGAGUAUUUGCGACGAUGCGGAUAGGGGAAAACCAACCGUCGUAGCGGAGCCCGAAAGCGAAAGAGCAAAAGCAUUUAUGUCAAUCACGGAAACUGUAGGAAGGAAGAUUGGCUUGUUCUGA